AUGGAUAAGUGUGGAGAAGCUUAUACAUGUCCAACAAGUGGUCAUGCAAGAUUGCAUGCGCGACAAGUGGCGGGGAAGAACUUAGAACACUUGAAGAUUCAACUCCGUGAUAUAAAAUUGGCCACUCAUUAUUUUUCUGACACAUACGAAACCAAUUCUGACAUAUACAUUACUUGGUAUACAACAGAACUUGGCCAUUUUGAUAAAGAAAAACCUUCCUCUAUAGAAGUGAAGAGUAAAAAUGAAUUACCCAAGGGACAUAACAUUGUAGAAAUAAAACGCUUCCUUCCUAGAGAUGACGAGCAUGAAGAAGAAGAAUUAUUUUUUACUGAACUUGAAAUGCUUAGUAGCAUUAAGCAUCACAACAUUGUCACUCUUAUAGGAUUCUGUGUUGAAGAUUUUGAGAUGCUGCUUGUCAUCGAGAAAAUUACUAAUGGACACCUUGAGAAUUAUUUUGGAAACAUCAAUGAAAUGUGUAUUUUGACGUGGGAAAUACGUUUGAAAAUCUGCAUUGAUGUUGCACGGGCAUUGAUUUACCUCCACUCUCAGAUGGAUGACAAAAGAUUCAUAAUACAUAAUAACAUACAUAGUGGGGCAAUUAGGAUGUACGAGAAUUGGGAGGCAAAGAUUGCAGACUUUGAAUGGGCGGUAAUCCAGCAUCUAAAUCAAAAGGACGAAACUCCGUAUAAAAGAACAUAUUUUGUGUCAGAUUAUCAUGUGGAUCCGGAAUAUGCAAAGACCGGUAAGCCAAAAAAAGAGUCGGAUGUGUAUAGCUUUGGAGUAGUUAUGUUUGAAAUUCUUUGCGGAAGAGAUGCUUAUGACGAAAUUUACCUUACGGAGAGUGAGGAAGGGCUCGUUCAUGUUGCAAGACGAAAAUUCUGCAAUGGAACAAUAGAGGACAUCAUAGAUCCUACACUAAAGGAAGAAACCGGUAAAAAGAGCAAUAGUCCAAUUAGAGGAGCCAACGAGGAUUCUUUGUACAUAUUUUCAAAAGUUGCAAACCAGUGUGUGGCGGAGACUCAAGACCAGCGCCCAACAAUGAAAGUUGUUCUCAACGAACUUGAGAAAGCAUUGGUCUUUCAAGAAAGUCGGAUAAAGUAA